UCCUCCACGCGCAUCCGCCCCUCUCUGCGCCACCAUCCUCAGAAGCCGUUGACGGCUCUAACAGUGACGGAUCGAGCUCCGCAAUAUUAUUUUAUUUUUCCUUUUUCAUUUGUUUUCUGGGAAAAAAGAAAAAGGAGUACAAUCUCAGGACUCACCAUACUCAAUGAGCGUACAGCGCAAUGUCAGAGCGCUCUGGGCAAACGGCAAAGGGGAAGGAUGGCAAAACCAAGUAUGCGUCUCUCAACCUGUUUGAUACCUACAAAGGAAAGAGCAUUGAAGCACAGAAGCCCGUUGUUGCCCCUCGUCAUGGCUUACAGUCUCUUGGUAAAGUUGCCUCUGCACGGCGCAUGCCCCCCCCAGCCAACUUGCCUAGUUUGAAGGCGGAGAACAAAGGCAACGACCCCAACGUCUCGCUCGUUCCCAAAGACGGCACAGGAUGGGCAAGCAAGCAGGAACAAGCAGACCCAAAGAGUACCGAUGUAUUGUCAGCAGCGCAGCCGGAGUCGCAGCAGCCUGUGGUCUCACAGACGUCUGCGCCGAGCAUGCCGAGAACACCCCCAGCUCAAGAGGCCCCAACUCAAGCUCUGGCCGCAGGGCCAAGGUCCUGGGCUCCGGCCAGUGUUACACAUGGAGUACAAGGAGAUGGUGGAAAGGGAUCAAACCAACCGUCGCCAUUCUCUCGCGAGGAAUUUCCCACCCUGCAGGCGGCUGGAGACCAGGACAAAGUUGGCAAAGAACAGGCCACUGCAGAUCAGUGGUAUGGGCCAGGACCAAGCCUCCGCCCCCAAAACGUAACAAGCUGGCGGGAUGGUGGGGGCCGGGGAUUUGCACCCACCCUGGAUGGGGAGGCAGUUGCGGAGGGCGGUGCUGGGGGAGCCAUAGUGCUGGAGGGUGCUGCUGGGGCCCCUCCCAUCCCACAGCAGAAUGCCUCUACUCAUGGCCCGCCUAGAACUUCCCCAACCGGCAACCCCGCACUUCCCUUCCCCCAGCCACCCAUUGGCCCGCAGUUCCAGGCUUACAGAGGCAUCAUGCCUCCCUUCAUGUAUCCACCAUACCUGCCCUUCCCACCGCCUUAUGGUCCACAGGGACCAUACAGGUACCCACCCCCAAAUGAGGCCCCUAGGUUUUCUCGGUCACAGGGUGGAGUAGGGCCAGAUGGGCGGCCCCCUGGAGGCCCCCGGGGUGAAGUGGUAAAACGCCCAUCCAUUCUCAAACAGGAUGACCUGAAGGAGCUGGAUGAGCUGGACCAUGAUGGAGAUGAGGGGUGGGCUGGAGCACAGGAAGAAAUUGACUACUCCGCAAAGUUGAAGUUCAGCGACGAUGAAGGAGAGGAUGAUGGGGAAGAGGAAUGGUCUGAAAACAAAAAUGGAACUCGUUGUAACAGGGAGCCAAGGGAGCAGCAGAGAUCCCAAGAUGGACCUGCACCUGUUUCACGUUCCCGGGCAUCCGACAGUGGAGGGGAUUCGCGCCGUACCCCUCCUUCCUCUGCUGAAGAUGGCUCCGCGUCCCCCUCCAGCAAGCCAGGCUGGGCCGAGGAGGGUGGAAGCAGCUGGAGCGGUCAGGCAAAUGCAGGAUCUUAUCAGGACCGGCCUUCGAACCAGUCGCCAAUCUCAGGCCCCAUCCUAGCCCCCCAGAAGCCCAGUGGUGCCCAGGCACAGCAGCAGGGGGGGGCAAUGCCUGGUGGGCCGACUCCUCCUCCCUACAAUGCCCUGCUUCCCCAGCAACAGGGCGAGGAUGAGGAUGAGACAUGGCGGCAACGAAGGAAGCAGUCAUCAACUGAGAUCUCUGCUGCGGUAGAGCGUGCCCGUCGGCGGCGUGAAGAGGAGGAGCGGAGGAUGCAGGAGGAGCGCCGUGCUGCCUGUGCAGAGAAGCUGAAAAGACUUGAUGAAAAACAGCAGCAACAGACUAUGAAACCCAGUACCCCCAGUGAUGCUCCGACCAACAGUCCUAGUCCUUCCUUGUCUGCACCUGCUUCAUCUCCCAAUGUCAGUCAGCCACCGUCACCCUGUAUGGACUCUGAAGACCCUCCUCUAUCAUCUUCUCAGGGAAGCAGUGCAACACUAGGAUUGAAUAUUAAUAACAGACAGCGGGCUGGCAGCAACAGCAGUCAUGACUCCAACACUGAGUCUCCGCAGGCUCUGCAGCCUCAACCCACCCAGCAUCCACAAACCCUGGAUGUCCCAGUGGCUGGAGAUGCCAAGGAGGAACCUGUGGUUCAUAUCCGCACUAGAGGUGGAGAUGACACAGUGAAGGUGGUUGAAAAUGUUGGUGGAACAGGACGGCAGGGAAGUGGUCCAUCUGGGCAGGGCUUUUCCAAGUAUCAAAAAUCACUUCCUCCUCGUUUUCAGAGGCAACAACAGGAGCAACUUCUCAAACAGCAGCAGCAGUGGCAGCAGCAGCAGCAACAUAACCAGGUUGCCCAAAAUCAGCUCCAGCCUCAGAAUCAGCAGGGCCCCUCUCCAGGUACCACACCACAGUCUGGGCCCAAACAGCCAACCCUUUACCCUCCUGGCUCAAUGGGACGUCCUCCACCUCUGGCUAUGAACUUCGAUCCCCGCUGGAUGAUGAUGCCCUACAUGGACCCUCGAAUGAUACAGGGACGUCCCCCACCCAUGGACUACUACACUCCCAGCAUGCAUUCAUCUGGGAUGAUGACUCGAGAGCGUUCUGAUUCUGGUGGCUCUGGGUCAGAUCCAUUUGAUAGGCAGCAACAUGGUGGACCCUCUCAUCCCCAUCGUGGCACACCUCCAAUGGAUCCCAAACUGGCUUGGGGACCAGAUGUUUUUCCAGGGGGUACUGAGGGUCGAGGUCUAAGCUCCCCCCUACGGCAGAAAGCUGUCGAGGAAGAGGAGGCUGGCAAAGGUCAAAGAAGUGACACUCCUCCAGUACUUAUGCGGGAGGGAGGCACAGCUCCCAUUCAGCCUCCCAGCUCUCCAUCUGGCUCAUCCAACCAAACCCCACCACCUCUUGGGAUUCAAGUUGGAGGCCAGGGUGCUAGCCACCAUGCCCAUCAUCAGCCCUUUAUGGGUGGGCGAGGAGGUUACAGUAGCUACCCUGACAAUGGAUCCAGAAUGGGCUCCCACUUGCAGCAAAGGGCCAGCAGUGGAGGGACACUGCAUGGUUUUGGCCACCAGGAGGGUAGUCAACAGAGCCAAAUCUGGGGGAAUCCUCAUCCCCAUUAUGACCGUAAUGGCCGUUCUGAUCACUUCACCUUGGAGACCAACUCGCAUCACCAACACCAUGGCCCCCCCACUCACGCCCCUCAUUUCUCUCUUCAUCCUCAUAAGCAAGAGAAUGGCAGAGAGCGAGAUAAAGGGGGGGAGCCAAAAAAGAGUGACCCUUCACCUCCAUUCCAUCAGCUGUCCCUUUCCCCUUCCUGUUCAUCCUCAUCAUCUUCCUCAGCUAGAGAAGAUGGUAGUGGAAAACAGUCCUUACUUAAUCAGGUCCCACAACCAAUUGAACAUGAUACUGGAUCUGGUCAUGCUUCAGGAAGGAAACAGGAGAAAUUUGGAAAUGCACAAAAUCAGCCCCAGCAGCAUUCUGUGCAGCAACACCACCCUAAAGCCAACUCUCGCAGUCGGGAGCACAAACCUGAGACCCACUGGGGCCCGAGGCCUAAUAGCAGUAACGUGAGUGGGGGCUCAACCCAUAAUAGAAAGGCACCAGGCUCUGGAAUGAGUGGAAAUACUGAAGAACCUUCAAAUCAUGGGGCUGAGAACAAAUCCUUUACUCUAUCAGAUGGCACAGCCAAGCGAGCAGGUCCAAUUAAGAGACCAGUACUUAAAGAGGUGAAAAGAGAGGGUGGUGAAGGAGGAGGAGAAAAGUCCACUGGAGGCUCUGGUAAAGAUAAAGAACAAGAUUCUAGCCAGACUUCAACCAAACAAGAAACGGCCUCUGGGGCUCAAGGCCCCUCAGCACUCGGUGGGAAAGAUGAUGCCGCCUCAUCAAAUAAACACAGAACUGGUGGAAAGGAGCGAGGUAACACUGGGGCUUCAGGUAAAGGAUCCAGAAAUGGAGAAGGCUCUAUUCAGAAUUCUGGCUUUCCAGCUCCCCAGUCCAGGAGGGAAAGAGAGCAUUCCAUUGAAAGAGGGAGCACAACUUACCAUGCAUCUUCGUCCAGAGGUAGCCGAUCCAACCGUGGUCGAGGAGAGUUCUACGGCCGAGGCCGAGGCUACAGAGGCACUUACUCUGGCAGUGCAGGGGGUGGCAGCCGUGGCAAAACGGGUGGCAGGAGCAACAGGGAUUAUAGAUCAGCUGCCAACAGUGGCUACCACCAUGCAUCUUCUAAUCAAGAAUACAAGCGAGAGGCAUCAUCUGGUAGUGGUAGGCAUGGACAUGGGGGCUCUCAGCCAAAUCCGGGACGUGCUAGGAACCGAAGUGAGACUCGAAGUGAAGGCUCUGAAUAUGAAGAGGUGCCAAAGAGGAGGAGACAACGGGGAUCUGAAACAGGCAGUGAGAGUGCUGGUAGUGACCUUGCUCACUCCGAAAAGGAAGACCACAAGCCAAACAACAAGACUGGUAUCAGAGGAGAGAACCCUACAACAGGCCCUUCAUCUUCUUCAGCUCCAAUCAGAAACUCCCAGACAAGAGUGUUCACACCAAGGGGAGUGCCCUCUAGACGUGGCAGAGGUGGUGGUGGUGCUGGAGGAGGUCUCCAUAGAAGUGGAGGUAGUGCUGGAGGGUCUGGUGGACACAGAUCUGGACCUGGCCCUGGAUCUCAUGGCUGGUCUGCAAAAUCUGCAUCUGUGCGAAAGCAACAGACGUCCUCACAGCCACCCCCUCCUAAAGAUUCAGGUCGUGGAGCCAGUGUUGACAAGAAGAAAGCUGCAGACCAGAGUCAGUCUCAGAGUCAAAGUGCAAAUCCCUCCGCACCUAAUCCCUCUGUGCCUAUAGCUAUCCAACAAGGGACCACUGAGAACGGAAGCGCUGGAGCCCCACUGUCCUCAAGUAAUGUUCCUUCAAAUUCCUCUGGCACUCCUAUCCAGACUCUUCCUCUGUCUGCCCCUGAUGGAAGAGGUUUUCCUAACCGGGGAUUUGAGCGCCCCCCUCGUCGCAGACGCCACGGACGAUCUCAGCAUCAGCAGGACAAGCCUCCCAGAUUCCGCAGACUUAAGCAAGAGCGAGAGAAUGCAGCCCAUAUCAAUGGAAGCAGUGGAAUUAUUGAAGUCCUAGCUGGACAACAGCAGCGGCCUGCUUCACCUUUGCAGAAAUUCCUGCAAGAAAACAAUAGCACUCCCAAUGCAUCCACUGCAGCUGUUGCAAAUGCAAAACACAGUGUGUCCGCAACUUCUACCAAUAAUAAUAACAGCAGCAACCUUGGGGGUGGAAACCAAAAUUUCAAUAGCCACCACCACCAUCACUACCAGGGCAACUCCCAGUCGCACCCUCAACACCAUCAAAACCAUAACCCAGCUGGGGGUGCCAAAUCUCCAGACGUCUCUAACCAGAACUCUGAUCAGGCCAAUGAGGAAUGGGAAACAGCCUCUGAAAGCAGUGAUUUCACUGAGUUUCGAGAAAGAGGGGGUGGGGGAGGCGGUAAACCCUAUUCCUCCCACCAUCAUCAUCAUCACUACCACCAUCCAUCCGGAAGAGGUGGUGGAGGCGGUGGUGGGGGCGAGAGAGAGAUGACAGCUAAAGAAUUGGCCACCAGCAAGAGAAGCUUCUCCAGUCAGCGGCCUGGAAUGGAGAGGCAGAACAGAAGGGUUAAUACCGGUGGUGGUGGUGGAGGAAGAGGCCACAGGGGUCCGCCUGGCAUUGGUGGGGCGGUGGGUGGGGCUGGCAAUGGUGGGGGCAAUCGUGGUGAGAGGCGUGGCAACUGGCCCUCUCCUAAGAACAGGAAGUGAUGCUUUGUUUUUGUUUUUUUCAUUUGGAAAUAUUUCAAAUUAAUCCCUCUAUCAUUGGCCACUCUUUUCUGUAAAACCUCUUCCCCCUUAACAUGUUAACACUUUAUUAUUGUAAAAGAUUAGUUACCAAGACCAUGAACACAUUCUAGUUCUUUUGGUUUAUUGCUAUUUGUCCCUUAUUUGGAAAUUCACACUCCCGUGUCCUUUCACGCUACCAUUAAUCCUAAACUCUACUCUGAGAUUUUACAUACUACACCCCAUUUUAAUGGAAAUAUUUUGACUGAAAACUCAUUUGACCAAAUGGUCCAUUUAUGUUGGCAUAUAUAAGCACAAAAUGACAUCAACCUAACAAAGUUGUGCUUAGUUUGUUUAUGCUGGGUAUGCACACAUUGUGUUUGUUUGUGUAAGGACUGUGGCUUGAAGUAUAUAUGAAAGGCCAAGGUUGUUAUUAUGUACUUGUGUAUUCACAUCACAUGUUGGAUUCUGGAAGUUGCUCUUUUAAUGAGAACAAAUAUAUCAUAGAUUAGUUUUCCCCCAUUUUUAGUUGUUAAUUUUUCAUUUCAGCCUCUUGAAGGUGAAAAUCUAUAUAUAUAAUUUUUUUUUCUUCUGCAAAGCAGGUCAUUAAAAUCCAUUUUUAAAUAAAA